AUGGAUUUCACCCGUGAAGCGUUGCUCGCCGAGCUCGAGCUCAAGGAUGAUAUCAUUGAGCAGCUACGCAAGGAGCUCGAAGAGUACCGUAUACAAAACUCGACUCGAAAAACUGCAAUUUCGUCGGAACCGGAUGUUCAGGUCAAGCGUCCAAUUAUUGGGAAAAGUGAUGAAGCUUUCGAAACUAUUGGAAACGCGCUCUGUCGCAAUACGUUCCUCCGAAAUCUCGAUUCUGCUCAAAUCGAGAAAAUCUCAUCGGCCAUGUAUCCGGUUGAGGUUCAGGCUGGAGCCAUUAUCAUUCGUCAAGGCGAUUUGGGAUCGAUUAUGUAUGUCAUCCAAGAAGGAAAAGUUCAAGUCGUCAAGGACAACCGUUUCGUUCGUACAAUGGAAGAGGGAGCCCUCUUUGGGGAAUUGGCAAUUCUCCACCAUUGUGAGAGAACUGCAACUGUUCGAGCCAUCGAACAUUGCCAAUUGUGGGCAAUUGAAAGAAACGUAUUUCACGCGAUCAUGAUGGAAUCGGCUCGCGAGAAGACAAUGUCGUUCAAGCGUCAUCUCAAGUACUCUGCUCGUUUCGGCGGUUAUCCGGAAGAGGUUCUUCUGAGAAUCGCUGAAUUCUGUACUGAAAUGAGAUAUGAAGCAAGGGAGGAGUUGGUUGUCAAACCACAGUAUGUCUACUUGGUUUGCAGAGGAUCGGUCAUAUGCGACGAUCAGGGCGAAGUCAGCAAGAUUGUCGCCGGUCAAGACUUUGAACUUCGGUGUGGUAGAAAAGGUCGUUUCGAACGAUUCUUUGUUCUCGAAGGACCAGCACACCUGAUCAAAAUGCACGUCGAACAACUGUGUAAGGCAUUGGACACCACCGAUUUGGACGAUGAAAUACGACCCAAAGCGAGUCACGCUCUCGAAGAGUCCGAUCUGGAAUUGGAGGAUCUUCAACGCGUGGCCACACUCGGAAUGGGCGGUUUUGGACGCGUCGAAUUGGUCCGAUCCGCCGAACGGACGUACGCUCUGAAAAUCAUGAAUAAGGCGCACAUUGUGGAGACGAAACAAGAGAGUCAUGUUGUCUCCGAACGUCGGAUAUUGAUGCAAGUGGAUUGUGAUUAUAUUGUUGGACUCUACAAAACGUAUCGUGACAGCGAGAAGAUCUACAUGCUCAUGGAGCCAUGUCUUGGUGGAGAGAUUUGGACGAUUCUCCGCAAAAAAGGUCGCUUUGACAACGAUCUAACCCGUUUCUACUGUGCCGGAGCCAUGGAGGCCCUCGAGUACUUGCACCGAAAAAACAUUGUCUACCGGGACCUGAAGCCAGAAAAUAUGCUUUUGGACCGUAAUGGAUGGCCAAAACUCGUUGAUUUUGGAUUUGCUAAAAAGCUGAGAAACGGAGGAAGAACAUGGACAUUCUGUGGAACCGCUGAAUACGUGGCACCGGAAAUUGUGCUCAAUAAAGGACACGAUCUAUCGGUUGACAUUUGGGCGCUGGGAAUUUUUAUGUGUGAAUUGCUGACUGGAUCGCCUCCAUUCUCGAGCACUGACCCCAUGACAACGUAUAAUGCUAUCUUGAAGGGAUUGGAAAAGUGGGCGUGGCCAAGAUUCAUCACAAAAGAGGCCAUCGACAUGAUGCUCUCCCUCUGCAAAUUGGAGCCCACCGAACGUCUGGGCUUCGGAGACAUCGGCGAAAUCCGUCACCAUAUCUGGUUUGACAAUUUCGAUUUCGUCGGAUUCCGGUCCCACCGAAUGCGUCCCCCAUAUGUCCCCUCAGUGUCGAAUGAAGUCGACACUUCGAAUUUCGACAUUUUCCCCGCGUUCGACAAUUUCUCAUCGGGUGUCGACGAGUCGGGAUGGGACGUCGAGUUCUAA